CAAGGGUGUGCACGCUGAACCGCCGGCGACAUGCAGUCAGAUGAUGUUAUCUGGGAUACACUAGGAAACAAGCAAUUUUGUUCCUUCAAAAUAAGAACCAAGACUCAGGGCUUUUGCAGAAAUGAAUACAGCCUGACUGGACUGUGUAAUCGGUCAUCCUGUCCCCUGGCAAACAGUCAGUAUGCCACUAUCAAAGAAGAGAAAGGACAGUGCUACUUGUAUAUGAAGGUUAUAGAACGAGCAGCUUUUCCUAGGCGUCUCUGGGAACGGGUCCGGCUUCAUAAAAACUAUGAGAAAGCACUGGAGCAAAUAGAUGAAAAUCUAAUUUAUUGGCCCCGUUUCAUUCGACACAAAUGUAAGCAGAGAUUCACCAAGAUCACCCAGUACCUAAUUCGAAUUCGAAAACUUACACUAAAGCGACAGAGGAAGCUUGUUCCUUUGAGUAAGAAGGUGGAGCGGAGGGAAAAAAGAAGAGAGGAAAAGGCAUUAAUAGCUGCUCAGUUGGACAACGCCAUUGAGAAGGAAUUGCUGGAGAGACUGAAACAAGAUACGUAUGGCGACAUCUACAACUUCCCCAUUCAUGCCUUCGACAAGGCCCUGGAACAGCAAGAGGCAGAGAGUGACUCUUCAGAUGCUGAGGAAAAAGAUGAUGAAGAAGAAGAAGAAGAGGUGGGAAAAAGAGAGUUUGUGGAAGAUGAUGAGGUGGAUGAGAGUGACAUAAGUGAUUUUGAGGAUAUGGAUAAACUGGAUGCCAGCAGUGAUGAAGAUCAGGACGAUAAAUCCUCCAGUGAGGAAGAAGAAAAGGCCCUUGAUGCCCAACACAAAGGCAAAACACCUUUGAAAGGACCUUUGCGGAGAAAACGAGCAUACGUAGAGAUAGAGUAUGAACAGGAGACAGAGCCUGUGGACAAAGCCAAAACUACAUGAUUUCCCUUCAGAUAUUUAUGAACAGGACUGAACAUUCUGAACUUCUUCCUUUCUUUAUCUUAAACACAUACACACCUCUAGAUUUUGCUCUUUAUGUUGUAUUUAACACAGUAUUUGUGUUUUUAAUAUUUAUGCCACUUCUGUGGGCAAGAAAUCUGGAAGGGUGUGGAGGAAAGCCUUAAAUUGUGAACAGAGUAUUUUUAUAGCAUUGGCAUAUGUAUUGAAGUAACAGCUUGAGCCCAAGAAGCUUAACAGAUGAGUUUAUGGGUGUAAAUAUUUUAAAAUUUUAAAUGCUACCUGCCCCUCUUUCCCUGGUGUCCUUCCCACGUCCCCCCACCAAACUUUAUUUAGAAAUAUCUAGACUUCAAUUUUUUCUUGUUUUCCUUUCCCUACUUCUAUGGGAGUAAAAGGAAAAAAAGACAAAGAAGAUCUAAGUUAUAGUGUUCAAUGUAAAAAUACCUUUUUUCCUUAAAUAAUUCCAUUUAUACAGUUGGACUAGAAAGAAAAUCAUUUCUUCUUUAGGAAAACAGCACAAAUCUUAAGUUCCAUCGCAGGGAGCGCCUUCAGAAACCUGCUGCACUUUUCUGAUACAGUUCACCAGCUUACUGUCUUCACAGCUGUGGAGGAUUCUGGCCAGGAGACCCUGAAACAUGAAACCAAACAGGCUUUGAUUUUUUUUUUGCUAUUUUUUUUUCCUUUUACCUUGGUUCUUCUUUCUUGUACCAUACUCAAAGAAGGAAAGAAUGGAUGACACUAGGGGACAGCUCACAAAAUAGGUGUAACUUUAAAAACUGUUGCCAUGCCUGGAAAUGUCCUGCUGGCUCAUGAAGCAGCAGCUUAAUAGGAGCCAAGGUGAAUUAGAUUAGAUCCAGGGCUUGAAAACUGCGUGAGAUUAAAGAGCCAAGAUGAAAUAAUCUGAAUAAAUAAAACAACAAAUUAUACUAUCUCUAAAUAUUUUUAGGAUAUAAAUUUCUUUUCAUGCUGCUUUAUAACGUUCAAUUGAAUAUUUCUCAGUGGGGUAAGAAAUGAGGCAAUAGUUUAUUAAAUAUAUAUAAAUACACACAUAGCUCUUAUAUGCCAUGGUUUUGAGAAGUUAACUUUCAUGGAAUAUGAGACCACAGGAAGAGUUCCCAUGUGGACAAAUGAAAAUAUGGAAAAACAUAGUUGCCCCUGAAAAACUGGAACCAUUUCUGGUAUCUGAAUUAAUCUACCUAUAUUAUUACUCCUUGGUGGCUUAUAGCCCAUUAUUUCAUCUUUUUUUUUGAUUCAGAUGACUAGUACAGAAUUUAAAUUUUACGAACUCUUCAUCAUGAUCCUUUUGCCCAUUCUCUAUCUCAUCCCCAGAAACAUCUGCUGAACUUCUUGUCUUUUGGUCUAAACAGUUCUGACUAGCUUUAAAGGAAUAAUAAGGUAUUGAUCAAACUCUUGAAGCCUAGAGGGCUCAGGGGUGGAGACCUGAACCUUCCAUGUUCAUUUACAGACUUGGUCAGGCACGUAAAUACUAAAUUAUAAUCAAUCAUAAGAAUUACCUAAAGAUAACGAGACCUAACUGGAACCAAGCUGCAGACUGUCCCUUACCUUCACCUGUCCUUGAGAGCAGUGGUCCAGGAGAAUCAGGCAGUCCGUGGCCUCCUCUAACAAGGCACUCUUAACAGGCUCAGGUGUGAGGCUUCGAUCCCUUGCUACAUCACAUAUCAGUUUCAAGAGAGCCUUCAGUAAGACCACAAGUCUACAGGAAACUCUGGAAUCAAAAAG